AUGAUGGCUGCUGAAGAGGACGCAGAGGAUCCUAUCAGCCGGCUGCCAGCAGCCGCCAAAUACGAGCUGGUGUCCCCCUAUGAGGUUGACCACAAUGGAGACUACGUGUCGCAUGACAUCACGCACCCUCAGAGGAGGAAGAGGGCGCUGGCCCAGCACGGGGUUGAAUCUCUUCACCUUCGGCUGAAGGGCUUCAGGCAUGACUUCCACAUGGAGCUGAAAGCGUCUAACCUGGUGGCUCCUGGGUUUAUGGUGCAGACGCUGGGGAAGGGAGGCACCAAGUCCGUGCACGCCUUCCCGCCCGAGGAUUUCUGUUUUUAUCAAGGCUCCUUAAGAUCCCACAAAAAUUCCUCGGUGGCUCUUUCAACGUGCAAAGGUUUGUCGGGCAUGAUAAGAACACAAGAAGCCGAUUACUUCCUGAAGCCGCUUCCUUCCCAGCUGGCGGGGACACCCGGGGACGCCGCCGGGGCUGGGCCCCCCUCCCACAUACUGUACAAGAGAUCCGCAGACGAGCGGGCUCCGGGGGCUCCCCAGGCGGUCGUGACCCAGAGGGAUCGGGAGCUGGGGACCCCGCACCUUCACGGCGGCUCGACCCUCCAGCACCCGCAAAAGCGGCAUUUCUGUGGCAGACGCAAGAAAUACAUGCCCCAGCCUCCCGAGGGAGACCUUUUCGUCUUGCCCGACGAGUAUGCGUCUUGCUCCAGGCACAAGCGCUCUCUUCUCAAGUCCCAUAGGAACGAGGAGCUGAAUGUGGAGACGCUGGUGGUGGUCGACAGGAAGAUGAUGCAGACGCACGGCCACGAGAACAUCACCACCUACGUGCUGACGAUACUCAACAUGGUGUCUGCUUUGUUCAAAGAUGGAACGAUAGGAGGAAACAUCAACAUCGCAGUUGUAGGUCUGAUUCUUCUAGAGGAAGACCAGCCGGGGCUUGUGAUAAGCCACCACGCGGACCACACCUUAAGCAGCUUCUGCCAGUGGCAGUCUGGCUUGAUGGGCAAAGACGGGACGCGCCAUGACCACGCCAUCUUGCUGACCGGUCUGGACAUAUGUUCCUGGAAGAAUGAGCCCUGCGACACCCUGGGAUUUGCGCCCAUCAGUGGAAUGUGCAGUAAAUACCGCAGCUGUACUAUUAAUGAAGACACAGGGCUUGGACUGGCCUUCACCAUUGCCCAUGAGUCUGGACACAACUUUGGCAUGGUCCACGACGGAGAAGGCAACAUGUGCAAAAAGUCGGAGGGGAACAUCAUGUCCCCUACGCUGGCAGGACGCAACGGGGUCUUCUCCUGGUCACCCUGCAGCCGCCAGUAUCUGCACAGAUUUUUAAGCACUGCCCAAGCUCUGUGCCUUGCUGAUCAGCCGAAGCCUGUGAAGGAGUACAAGUAUCCUGAGAAGUUGCCGGGAGAGCUGUACGAUGCAAACACUCAGUGCAAGUGGCAGUUUGGAGAGAAAGCCAAACUCUGCAUGCUGGAUUUCAAAAAGGAUAUCUGCAAAGCCCUGUGGUGCCACCGAAUUGGAAGGAAAUGCGAGACUAAAUUUAUGCCCGCAGCAGAAGGCACCGUUUGUGGGCAUGACAUGUGGUGCCGGGGAGGACAGUGUGUGAAAUACGGUGACGAAGGCCCCAAGCCCACGCAUGGCCAUUGGUCAGACUGGUCUUCCUGGUCCCCUUGCUCCAGGACCUGUGGAGGAGGGGUGUCUCACAGAGACCGCCUGUGCGCAAAUCCCAAACCAUCGCACGGAGGGAAGUUUUGUGAGGGCUCAGCUCGGACUCUGAGGCUUUGCAACAGUCAGAAAUGUCCCCACGAUAGCGUUGACUUCCGUGCGGCACAGUGUGCCGAGUACAACAGCAAACGGUUCCGAGGAUGGCACUACAAGUGGAAGCCAUACACUCAAGUGCAAGAUCAGCACUUAUGCAAACUCUACUGUAUCGCAGAAGGAUUUGAUUUCUUCUUUUCUUUGUCAAAUAAAGUCAAAGAUGGGACUCCAUGCUCGGAGGAUAGCCGUAAUGUUUGUAUAGAUGGGAUAUGUGAGAGAGUGGGAUGUGACAACGUCCUUGGAUCCGAUGCCGUGGAAGACUCCUGUGGUGUGUGCAGGGGGAAUAACUCAGAUUGCACGACACACAAGGGGCUCUACACCAAGCACCACGGCGCCAACCAGUAUUAUCAGAUGGUCACCAUUCCUUCUGGAGCCCGGAGUAUUCACAUCCGUGAAAUGAAUGUGUCGACGUCCUACAUCUCUGUGCGCAAUGCCCUCCGAAAAUACUACCUGAACGGGCACUGGACGGUGGACUGGCCGGGUCGAUACAAGUUCGCAGGCACCAUGUUUGAUUAUAGACGGACCUCCCAUGAGCCGGAGAGUUUGACCUCUUCUGGGCCAACCAACGAAACACUGGUUGUGGAGAUUCUGUUUCAGGGAAGGAACCCGGGUGUCGCCUGGGAGUACUCGGUGCCCCGGUUGCGGGGUGAGAAGAAGCCCAGUGGCCAGCCUCGUUACACAUGGGCCAUCAUUCGCUCCGAGUGUUCAGUCUCCUGCGGAGGGGGACACAUGACCACCAGAGAAGGCUGCUACAGAGACCUGAGGUUUCCAGUGAAUACGUCUUUCUGCAAUCCGCACACCCGACCCGUCACAGGGGUGGUCUCCUGCAAAGUUUCCGCCUGUCCUCCCAGCUGGUCCGUGGGGAACUGGAGCACGUGCAGCCAGCCUUGCGGUGGGGGCACCCAGAGCCGCCUCGUCCAGUGCACGCGACGGGCACGCUUCGCGUCCGAGCAGGUGGCGGCCGGCCUGUGUCCACAGCCCAUGCCGUCCAGCAGACAGGCCUGCCAGCCUCGGAGCUGCCCGCCCGCUUGGAGCGCGGGGCCCUGGGCGGAGUGCUCCCGGACCUGCGGGAAGGGGUGGAGGAAGAGGUCCGUGGCCUGUAAGAGCACCAGCCCCGUGGCCAGGCCGCAGCUGCUGCCGGACGCGGUCUGCAGCUCCGAGCCCAAGCCUGGGACUCACGAAGUCUGUCUGCUUAAGCGCUGCCACAAACACAAGAAGCUGCAGUGGCUGGUGUCCGCCUGGUCCCAGUGCUCUGUUACGUGUGAACGAGGAACACAGAGAAGAUUCUUGAAAUGUGCUGAAAAGCAUGUGUCUGGGAAGUACCGAGAGCUGGCCUCAAAGAAGUGCUUGCACUUGCCGCGGCCGAGUGUGGAGCUAGAGCGAGCCUGCGCCCCGUUUCCCUGUCCCAGGCACCCCCCGCAUGCAGCCGCGGGCCCGCCUCGGGCCAGCUGGUUUGCCUCGCCCUGGUCUCAGUGCACGGCCAGCUGUGGGGGUGGCGUGCAGACGAGGGCCGUGCAGUGCCUGGCGGGCGGCCGGCCGGCCCCAGGCUGCUUCGUGCACCAGAAACCCGCAGCCUCCCUGGCCUGCAACACCCACUUCUGCCCCAUCGUAGAGAAAAAAGACCGCGCCUGCCGAGACCACUUCCCCUGGUGCCCCCUGGCCCCCCGGCAGGGGAUGUGCAGCCACCAGUUCUAUGGGGAGCGGUGCUGCAAGACCUGCUCUGCGUCCAACCUGUGA